GGCAGAGCCACCUUUUUUCCCGAAGGUGUCGUUUCCUGGUCCUGUGCGGAGUGCAGCAGGCUCAAAGACGAGAUACACACCAUUCCUUGCUCGGGUUUCACGGCAGUAACAUGUAUUUGUUGUGCAUCUAACUACGCUAACAAUUUGGAUUAACGGUGCAAAUACACAAGGGUAGGUUACAACUGCUUCGAAGCCCGACGUCCAACGCAGCAAAAAAAAAUGCCCCACCUGCGCUUGAGGAUCGCGUUUCACCAGCAGCUGCUGUGUCUUGUGGCAGUUUUCCACGUAGCAUCCGCAACGGUAUUACCGACAGGGCUGGAAACCCGUUUGACACAAGCUGCAUUGAAGGUGAUUCGGACACACAGUAGUCCAACGUAUGCCUAUGCAAAUCCAGUUCCCGUGCUCUCCACUGAAGAUCUUAUGUACUCGAAUUACAACAGCAAAAACAGUAUCGGCGACCGUGAAGAACUUCAAGUUACCAAACUCGCACUGUCUACUCUCAAGACAGACUUGUAUGGUUCAGCACGGUGGACGCACCUUCAUCACAACCACAGCGACUAUCUGAUGGCGACUACACGGAAUAACGUCCAUCUCUGGAGCUUAGAUGGGGGAAACGUAGAGCUGAAGACAACGGAAGCACUCUUCCGUUACAGUUUUGGUGGAGAUGAGCUAAUCGACGCCACUGCAUUUACGAGGAGCGAGCGUAACCAACAGACUAUGUACCUGGUAUUUGUAGUUAGAACUGGUAUGACUGCCAAGCUGAUGGCAUACGAAGUGGACAUCACAGGACAAGUUAUGCUUUUUGCACUUCCUUUGGCUGAGGUGCCUAUUAAAGUACGCUGGCUGGAGUCUCAACAGCAAGGAGCACUGGUUCUUUUGUAUCCUUCAGCCUAUAAUGAGAUCAGCCUGUCAGAUUUCCGCCAAGGGAAGACAGUACUAAGUCACAUCAUUCACAUCCGCGUUCCUAUGGCCGUUGAUUUGGAGACUGCCGUCAUUGGUGGUUACGGCUAUAUCACCGUAUGCAAUGCGACUACGGUUGCAGUGUACCGGUCUGAUGAACUGGCAAACAGUUUCAGGCUGUUUGACAUAAUUCAUGGUUCAGAGCUGACAGACAUUGCCCUCUUCAGGGUGGGGUUUGAGACUUUACUGGCAGUGGCUGGCCAACAGAAACAGUUCGUUUACGUCUGGAGAGGCGGUGGAUUCUUUUUACGGCAGGUGUUCGUUGUCCGUAACUGCUACCAGUGGUACCCAGUGGCAUUCAGCUCCUGCAGAGAUGACGUCCUUAUGGCAAUGGCAACGACCGAUAAGAGCUAUCCCCUGAGACUUUUCGCAUGGUCUGCACAACUGAGGCGCUUUACAGAGAUUGAAAGGAGAGUUGUUCCUCUGGGAGGCUUUUUGGUGUACAAGGACAGUAUGGCCUCCUACAGUGUCAAAGACAACGCGUGGAUCGUUUUCACUGACGGUGCCAAUGGAGCUUCGAAAAUAGUGGUCAUUUCUACCAAAGUAGCACUCCUGCCAAAUCCUGUAGAAGAGCGUGGAUCCCAGACAGUUCUGCGGAUGAAAGCUGCUAAGGACUACCUCGACAAACAGCAGGCUCUCAUGAGCAAGGCGAGCCAAACGCUGGGAAACGCCAUCAGCGCGAAAAAGCCAGUGAACUUCUUGCAGAUGAAGCAUAUGGUUAAGAAGCUGUUGGUGAAUGGCCCAAUAGCAGCGGGCAUUUCAGAAAUUCCACAAGGUCUUGUUAUGGAAGGGUCACCGGUGUCUUUGACGGAACUGCAGAGUCGAAUGCCACAGCUGAGGAGAGCCCUUGGAGACGUGGGCUUUAAAGUGCGGAGGCUUACAGCUGCAUUGAGAGAUGCCGUCUACAAAAACGAGUCUGCAACCAUUCCGGCACUAAAAAUUGUUAAAGGAGCACUACUGACUCCCCAGCUUCGAGCAAAAGAAACAAGCGUUGACACCCUGCGCGGGGUUGCCACGUCAGACUUGCUGAGGGACAUCUACUGGUUCGAUAAGCCUGUUACGAUUGCUGGACGUGUACUUAUCCUGAAACCAUCCAAAGUGAAAGGAGUGCUUCGGGCACCACUAAUCAACGGUGUGGACAUUACAAAGGCAGUGACUGUGGAUGGUCAUCACACGUUAACAGGAAGAACUAUUUUUACGAAGCCUCUGAACAUCAUGAAAGAUUCCAUUUUGGAAGGCUCACUGAACAACAUGAAGCUCUCGACGUUCGCUACUCUUUCUGGAAAUCAUUAUAUUAGUGCACCGAAGCAAUUUGCUUUGGUGACUGUUCAGGCAGAGCUGUCAGUUCUGCGACUGGAUGGUGUGGACAUCACAAGCACAGUCCUGAAUACACUCAACUCUGUUGACUCGCAGGCUGUAACCGGGGCACUAACGUUUGCCGGAAAUGUUCAGUCGCGGGACAUCUUCAGCAACACAGUGAACGGACUGCACGUUCCCGAUCUGGCCACUCGCUUCGUGAGGCUUGAUAGACCUGCUGCCAUCUGUGGCUUCAAGACUUUUACCACCUUGACUCAUGUUGCGUCUGUGAUAACCAUUGGUGGGAAACUAAAUGCCUUGCAGGUUCCAUAUGAUCUGCUCUUAAGAGACGCCGAACAAGUUGUGAAGGGAAGGAAGCGUUUCACGAGGGUCGUCUCUGGAGUGACCACAGUCGAUGGCAGAGUUAACGGCCUGAAGCUUCCUAAUGACGUCUACAGAGUUACUGACAAUGAAGCCAUCAAUGUCCCUCUAGCGUUUCACAAUGGCAUAAUUGCCGCAAGGGACAUUCACGUUACCGGUACCACCGACAGUGUUGACAUAUCGGACUACGCACGCUAUUUGCUCAGCCAGCCGAACAAGACUGUGAAGGGGGACGUAGUUUUCCGAGGAAAGCUCUUCGUGCACAACUCUAUGACCCUUGGUGGCAGACUUAAUCAACUUUUGGUUGACGAGCUUUACAAGGAUGCAAUUUUUCCCGGUGGUAACAAGGUGCUGGCCAUUACUGGCAGGAAGACCUUUAGCCGAGGAAUAGACGUGGAACACAUGACAGUAAAAGGGGGCAUCAAUGGAUACAGCCUUCUUGAAGACUUCGUUGCAACUGAAGACCACCAGGACAUUGAAGGGCACAAGCUACUGACGGGACCAGUGACAUUUGAGAAUGCCCUCGAUUCCACUAAUGGAAUCGUGGACGGCGUAGAUGUCUACAAGACACUUUCGGAGAGGAUUACCCUGGGAAGCGAGCAGAACAUUACGGCAGAGCCAGUUUUCGUUGAUACAGUGACCGUAGAUCAUCUCUACAACCUUGGCCACAUACAAGGAUUGUCUGUUCCAAGUGACUUUGUCCUUAAAUCUGUUCCUCAGAAAGUCUAUGGCACAAAGCACUUCUCUCGUGGUCUCAAAGGGAACUUGGUUGAUGUCAGGGUAGAAGCCACUGUCAAUGGUCCAGUGGGAGGAGUGGACAUAGCAAAUGUUUUCAAGAAGAGGGUUACCCUUGGUGGACAUCAAGUGAUUGCAGCACAGAUUAUGAUCCAAAACUCCACUGUCCCAUCUUUCAACGCUAGGCUUCUGAACAAUCAACCUGCUGCAGAAUUCCUCAACAACGUCAUGUCAAAGAGUCAACCGCAGAGCAUCACUGCACCAAAAACAUUCGAAGGUGUGCUGCAAGCACUCGCUCCUGUCACAUCUGUGACCGGCGUUAAUGGAGUUCACCUAAGUGAAGUGAACAAUAACGCAGUUCGGUUGAAUGAAUUAUCAGUUGUGACCCAGGGCAUGAGCUUCAAAGAUACUUUCACAGUAUAUGGCAAGGUUAACGUCCGUGGCCACUUAGACGGGCGCGACCUCCAGGCUUUCGAAGCAGACACGGUCUCCAAGGACGGCUGGCUGACCAUUAGGGGCAACUCUGUAUUUUACAAAGGCUUUAAUGUUCGUGGAGAUAUUGCAGCAGACUCUGUAAAUGACAUAAUGCUGGGUUAUGACUUGCUGCUCAAGACUGCAGAUCAAACUGUCAAGGGGCGCUACGCGUUUGCAAAGUCCUUGAAGGUUCUUGGAGACCUUCCCCAUACUGGACAUGUGAAUAAUAUCGAUCUUUCUGUUCUUGACCUGCUAAUCAUGAAAGCUGACAGGGAGAAUGUCCUCAAGACAAGCUUGGACUUCAGUCAGAUGGUACAUGUUGCAACUGAUAUGCACGUGGAUGGACUGGUCAAUGGUCACAAGCUAACGAGCGUCAAGGAAGGAGCCAUGUGCAAUGCAGGACGUGAUAAAAUCAUUGGCCCCAAAGUCUUCCGUGGGCCGAUCGAUGUGCUGGGCACUCUAGAUGUUCAAUUCUUCAACAAUCGAAGCCUGCCACACAUCCUGGAUGACUUGGUGUACCUGGACGGCUAUUACACAACUGCACCGAAGGCAUUCCACAUCGUCCACACUGAAGGUAUCAUCAAGGCACGCAGUGUUGUCUUUGACGGGCUGGUGAACGGAGUCUCCGUGAAAGAGAAGCUUGCCUCGGCUGUUCCUCUAACUGGCAACUGUGUAGUUACAGGCAAGAAACACUUCAAACAUCCUUUUGUGGUGAACAAGGACAUGUCUGUGCUAGGAAGCGUCAACGGUGUGAUGAUUCCAAAGGAUAUCGUGCAGCUGUGCCACACAAAAGCCUGUCCCAUGCAACAUCUUACAAGACCCACGUUCGAGAGCCUUCAGGUCCCAGGCCACUUGCCCGUUUCAAACGGUGUCAACGGUCAAAAUUUGCCUUUGGCUCUGAGGAAUACAUUUCGUACCCAUGGCAAUCAAACUGUAGCAGGCACGAAGCACUUGCAGAACGCAGUUUUCAACCGAAAUGUGCUUGCCCAACGUGUAAAUGGAAAAAUCUUCAGAAGAGAUGUCAUUCCUUUGAGGACUCCACAGAUGCUGAGGUCAGCUCUACUGCCUUCAGAUGUUGUAACUACGAAUGUCGCUGUCAAAGGACUGAUCAACGACUACAAAAUACAAGACGUUGCCAAGGAUGCAGUCUACCUCAAUAAACCACAGACAAUUCGUGGUCCAGUUGUGUUGAACCAGGUUGUAGUCCACGCAGACAUCAACUUGCAUGGCCUGGUCGAUGGAAUAGCGCUGCCGCAGAUUAAUAAGGGCCUUGCAGUUUUGGACCACUCCAUAUCACAGAUUGGAAAUGCAAUGAGCCAGAAGCUGAAUGCUCAUGAAGAGAUUAUAUCUCAAACAAACUGUUUCUUAAAGAACUCUUACUCUACGGUCGACCAUUUUGUGGCCUACCAGUUUCUGGAUGUCGAAGCCACUACGGUCGAUGCUGCAACAGGGGUUGGAAGUCUGCGCCUCAUUGAUGCGCAUACGGGAACUCCAGAGUCCCGUGUCUACCACUUCAGCUGGGGAAAGGACAAACUGUGGCAUUUCAACAGCGAAGCCAGUACAGACGAAGGCGAAAGGGUGUACCUCAGAUUGGAAGGCAAACUGCUUUGGCUAGAUGUACCAUUGCCUGACAGUGACAAAAAACGUGGUAUCCUUACGGACGGCACAGCUGUGCUCCACAACUUUGGAGAUGUAAUAAGUAUGUCUGCCUUGCAACGAGAUCACAGGACUGGCAUAGCAGCCAGCUUGACAAGAAGUGGAGUGUGCGAUUUUUUCAAGUUUACGCUUCGCACCGAGCCAGUGCUCAUUGGGACUCUGAACCCCGGACCCGAAGCCAAGGCAGUGAAGCUUGCUACUCUCAAAGGAUCUGUGUACGCCCUGAUAUCUCUUCACGACCCACAAGCGUGUCUUGUCGAGACUACCCGCUCGAAGAUAUACAUCUGGGAAACAGCUGACAGGUGGACUCUUGUUCAGCAGCUCUAUGGUGGCUCUGUCAUCAGCACUUUCGUAAAGAAUGAAAUGCUGUACGCGCUCUUCUCGGACGUUGAUGUCAACUCUCAUUGCAACAUACCAAGCACAAUAAAGGUGUACCGUACUUGCGAAAGCAGCGGCUCACCCUUUGAACUCUUCCAAGUCAUGCCAGUUAUCUCGGUCUCCAAGAUUGAAAUUCUCAAGUAUGGCAAUCAGCACGACGUGUACAUGGUAGCUGCAAACCGGACAUCAGCUCAAGUCUACCUAUUUGGUGGCGAAUCUGGUUUCAGAAUCUUAUCUACAAUUCCAUCGGAAGGAUUGACUGAUGUCAAACCUAUAGUCCUUCAGGAUGAGCUCUACCUCAUUACUGCACAAGGCUACAACCAGCGGAAAACAAUAAUUUAUAAAGCUGUCACCAAAGGUCCUAAGGAAGCGUUCCAGCUAUCCUGAAGUUUGCCGAAGCUAGAGGACAUUUUAAAUGUUGAACCUGAUUUUACCAUUGUUUUGUUGAACUGUACUAAUUGUUAAUCCUAGCUAUUGCUGGCACUGUUUUAUGGCUUAUUCCAUUGAUCAAAAUGCAUAAAGCAGACAUGUUCACUGCAACAGGAAUCUCUACUGACGCACUACAAUUUUAUGUAAUAUUUAGCAUAAGCACUCGGGAUACUGUAUGCCCUUUGUUAAAAAGUAUAAAAUAAAAUUUUAUUUUAAAAGCUGUA